AUAACACUUGUCGCUCAAAUUUAAGAGACACCCAUCGGCAGAGCACCCGCCACAGCAUUUCUUCCUUCCUUCCUUACUGCCCACCGAUGGACUGUUGACAGAUCGUCCGCCGACCUCGCUGUGUCGAGGGCAUGUACAAAUCUAGUACUGGUUGCAAGAUGAGCAGUCCUUGGAGUAAGAGGGGUGACAUUGCUGCUGCCGCAAACGAACAAGACAAUCAUUUCUUCAAGGUCAUGAUUGGUGAUUUCCGUGAUCGAAUGAUAAUACCAGACAAAUUUGUGAAGAAAUUUAGGAGGCAAAUAACAAGAACCGUGAAGCUCGAAUCCCGCAAUGGAAAUACCUUUGAUGUUCAUGUUACAGAGGACUUGCACAAACUGGUCCUCCAGUCUGGAUGGGAGGAGUUUGUAAGUGCUCAUGGCAUAAGCAUGGGUGAUUUCCUGGUAUUCAACUAUGACGGGAACUCCUGGUUUAAGGUUCUAAUAUUUGAGCCGAGUGGUUGCGAGAGACUGUCUUCAAGCUUCCUCCCGAUGGAAACUGCUCCCUAUGAGGGCCAAGAGUGGGGAGAAAAACUCACUGGAACCUUGAGCAUGCGUCAUGAUCUUCCCAUGAUCAGAUCACCACAAAGUGAAAGGGGAACUAUGAUAGUACAAUGGGAUAACUCAAACCAUGGGGAAAAUAGCAUGGUUCUUGGUUCAUCAAGCGCUCCAUCGUCCGAGUCAUCAGGUUGUAUCUCAUCUUCAGAAGAUGAUCUGCAAGCGCAUCCUGCACGGAGGCUGAUCCUACUACGAGGAACUUGUCCUACUGGUUCUCAAAAGAAGAAGCUGAAAGUCAAGAUCCGAGAUAUUUACUCUGAAAUUCCCAUCGUUGGGUGCACCAUAAGGAAGAGCAGUAUUCAUGGAAAACCUUAUACGUUGGAAAUAUGCAGAGAAUAUGCUGAGGUUUACCUUCCAUUUGAGGACGAAACAAUUGAGCUUCGACGCCAUGGCAAGAUCUGGAAGGUGCGGUGUUGCAUUAGUCAGUACGGUAGUAAAAGGCUCUUGAAAGGGUGGAGACAGUUUGUGUGUGGGAACAAUUUGAGGCUGGGAGAUAUCUGCCUCUUCAAGCUACUGAAGAACAAGAAGUACACUAUGGAUGUUUAUAUCAUUCGCAAAGAAUGAAUUUUGGGAUGCUGGUCUUGCCUGUUACUCUGCUGAAUCCUGCAAUUGUUCCUGUCGUUUCUGGUUAA